GGAGACAACAACGAAAAAGAUCUAUAUAUAUUAACAUAUUUACUUUGUUGUUUCGUAAUGCGCACGAUGCGUGAUUUGCUCUCAUGGACGGCGCAUGAUGUGUAUAGUAUUAGUUCUUUUUGUAGCUAUGUCAUAAUCAGGCCUGGUCAUAAUGUACAUUGAAGUGUUUGUGUUUGAAGUGAACGAGUGUAACUGCUGAGCAGGUAAUUUUCAUUAGAAUGAACAUUUGACACAGGUUAUUUUUAAUCACGGAUUCAUAGUAAAAGUUUAUUUGAAAAAUGGGUGACAAUUUCAUACCGAUGAAACGACCAAAGCCCAGUGAUGGCGAGGAAGAAAUUUUACGUAUGCAGGAGGAAUUUUUGGAGAACAAAUUGUCUCCGUGCACUAAAGUUGUAAAUUUGCGUGCAAAAAAGAAAAGGGAUGAGGAACUAUCGACUAAAAAGCAGUCAAUCUUUGCCCAAAGACGUGCUGAGGUUGCUGAGAAUAGGAUAUUUACCAGUCAAAGAUGUGGAAGUGUGACAAAUGAAGAUAAAAUUGAAGAACUAGAGAAACCAAACAAAAAAACUGAUCCCAUAUACAAUUGUAGUAAACUGCCACCUGAAGUUUUAUUGGGAGAGAUUUUUGAAAGAAAACCAACUAAACAUGAAUUUAAGCCUAAAAUUCAAGUUAAUUCAGAGACUGGGUUUCCUAAUGUAUUUAAAUGUCCACAUCUGUUUCAAGAUGGAGAUUCAAAGGAAAGUCUUUUUAUGUGUGUCAUCUCUAAAGAAAAAUCAAGCAUUGUCAAAUCAUCAGCAAAUGCAAAAAUAGUGGAACUGUCAUCAACCUCUACUAAAGAGAUUUGUAAAAUGGAAUUUGAUAAAAAUUCAGAAUUAGUAAGUAAUGGUAAAAUAUCUUUUGGUUCAAUUCCUUCUACUCAAGAGCUACACGAAGAAAAUGUUCAAAGAUUGAAUCAGAUGACAGAAGAAGAGAAACUUGCAGCCAUAAAAGAAAUUAAAUCUACAUGUGAUUCAAAGACAAUAGCUUUUUUAAAAUCUAUGAAGAAAUUAAAAAAUAAAUCUAAGAAACAGAUACUCAAUAAAUGUAAUAGUAUGGAGAUGAAUAAAAGUACAACAUUAGGAAACAGCCAAAUGGAUGUAGAUAAAAUAUCUUUAUCUACUGAGUCAAAGAACGAUGAAGUUAAAAUGGAAACAAAUGCUGGCGAUGUUGAUGAGGACUUGCCAGAACCAGUAGUCGAGAUUGUGAAGAAAGCAGAAGAGAAAGGUUGGGUUCAUAUGGAUGAUUUAGAACCAGAAAAAGUUAAGUGGAUGGAAAAUCUUCCAAUUGAGAAAGGUAAUCAACAGCCACCUGAAGAGCCUUAUAAUGCCCGCUUUGAUUUUGAUGGAACUCUUCUUCCAUUCAACGAUGAGAAUCUUACAGUCGACAAAGGUCUUCAUCACCAUGGCGAAGAACCUGAACGACCUGGUUAUGCUCUUCAGGAGUUAUUACAGUUGACUAGGUCGGCAACUCAAUCGCAACGUUGUACUGCUCUUACGAUUUUGGCGAAUAUCAUAGAGAAGACUCACUUAGGUUCGUACGAUCGAGCUUUGCAACCGUCCCUAAUGAAUACGUUGAAUGAGAGCAACAUACUUUUAUUAUUGAGAUUCUCGCUAGACGACACAGCCUUGCCUGUCGUCACAUCUGCAUUGCAAGCACUUCGAGCACUUCUCUUCAGCGAAACUGAUGAAAUUUGUCUUGAUAAGAUAUUCGGUAUUGAGGACUUUGUAGAACCUAUUCUCAAACCAUCUAUGAAAGAUGUUAAGAAUACCGAAAGUUUGAAAGAUAACGAAUUGGCUCAAAUGGAUACUGUUGCUGCUGCUUUGCGUUCAGAUAUACUUCUAAGGAUACGAUUCAUACUGAGCGAGAUGAAUCUACAGGCUGCAGCAAUGACAGCAGCUUUAGAGAUAUUAACUAGACUUGCAAGACAUUCUCGUGAAACGGCUUUAAAUAUCGCUUGUUUACCGAAUUUAUUGGAUAUUGUUGUUAAAAAAUGUAUACCCCUGUCUAUGAAUCGACCAGUUCAAAAUUACGAUUCCAGUAAAAUAUACGGUUGUCCUUUAGUAGCUGCGGUUCGUUUGUGUAGAAUCUUGAUAAUAUACGCAGGUAGACCAAUUGUCGAAAGAUUGAAGCAUUUUGAGAUCAUUCAUUCGCUACUAACAUAUAUAAGCAGCGAUGCAAGCCGACAGGAAAUACGCCUUCAAAUCGAAAGUCUCCGACUUUGGCGGCUCUUCCUGCAUUUCGGCAUUGAAACCAAUAGUAUAUCCGGUACGAGACAUACAUUAAUAUCCCAACUAAGGUUACUCGAGAGCGCAUUGGAUUUAGAUAUGGCAUCUCCCUUGAAAUGCGAUUACGCAACGGCACUCAUCGCUAUUGCCAAGUACGACGAGCCUUUAAAAGUACACGUGGCUGUAUUGCUAGCAAAAUGGAGUACGCAAUUGUCAAGAAUUUCAACACCUACCUGGAAUCACACAGUUUUGAUUACUGAAGUUUUGAGAACGUUACAUAAUGUCAAUUCGUUCCAGACGGAUUGGUUGAAGAAUUCAAAUAUAUUUACACAGUUGAGUUCAUCAUCGAAUUUGUUAAGCGAUGUUGAACCAGCAGUCGACCGCGAACCAGAAUCACUUCCAAGUCUUGGAGUUAUGACAUACGAAGGAAAGCUACAGCCAAUUAUGAGUCAAAACUCGCAUAUAAUAUUUUUAAAAACAGCUCUCGAGCAAUUUUUAGAACACUCGCGUGUUAACGCUGUAGAAGAAUUCUUCGAGAACGCUAAUGUUCAGAAUUAUCUACGGCGACUGAGUAUCUCCGAGUGGUCACUGGAAAGAUCCUGGUUCUCACGAAUUGAAUAUUCAUUCCUUAUAAUAAUCAUCAAAGCAGAAAAUAAGUUGAAAACUUAUCUAAAAGAAAAGCUCUGUGAUACAAUCUGGAAAAUUGCUAUCAAAUUGAUUUCUGCACUUCCUGCUGACUGUCCUACUAAAGUGAGAGAUAUUUUUGUAUUGAGUUUAGCACCCGAGCGUGUGAAUAUACGCUUCCUCGAGAGUGGUAUAGCAAGUCUUGAUUUGAAUAAGAAGUACAAUGAUGUCGAAGAUGUGGACAUUGCUGUAAAAUAUUUUGAUAAAUUUGUCAGUCGAAAUGGUUGUUGGUCUGAAGCAGCACUGCCGAAGGAUUGGUUAUAUUUGCCAUUGAUCGAUGCUUAUUCGAGGAUAAAGUAUGAGAAGGCCUGGCAAGAGUCGGAUACUAUUAGUAUUUUAUAUAUGCUGAAGCUGGAACUGAUUAUUCCUGAACUCACACAGAAUUUAUCGCCAAGUGUUCGGUUUAGCAGGAUGCUGCUGAUUUAUCUUUGUGAUACAAAGUUCCUGCAUUCACCGGAAUGCGAUCUUCCGCAAAGGAUUAUUACUCAACUAGUCCAAUCGAACUACAAACAGUUAGACUUAACAACCGAAGUACCAGGACUUACGUCUUUCACUGACCUCUUCACAGCCUUAUGUGAAAAUUUCUUAGCAAACUCGUACGGAACGGAUUGUUUCGCACAAGCUCUCUUGGUGUUCGGGGCCCAACGUUACGAAAUUCACUACCGCAAACUUCUCUGGUCGGAGCACGCUGGCGUUUUGCCAUACUUGCGCCUUUUACCCGAGAAACUUUUACUGCCUUACCGAGAAUAUUUGUAUCCUUUGGAGCAAGACGCUUCGUUAAUUGAAUCAUAUAUUACGGCGUUGGUAAGGAAUACUGUAAAGGAAUUUCAAUCACCGGUGAUGUAUGGGAUUGCAUUGCAUCAUUCAGCUAUAUUUUUGAAAAAUAAUGAGAAAUUAGCGAUGUCGAUGAGAUCUAGUAUUGAAAAGUUAAUGAGACAAGAAAGUACGAGGAUAAUCGCGGAAAAGUUAUUGAAUUACGAACCAAAUGUGAAACUUGAAUAGGUUCGUAUUUUUUUUAAAGAGGAACAUAGGUUAAGUGUGUGUUUGAUGCAAUAUCUUUGACAGAUGUGACGUCAAAAAUAAUAUACUAGUUUGUUUUACUUAUAGCGAGAAUCUUUUCUAUAAUAAAUUAAGAUAUAAUUAGUUUUUCUAAGAAAUCAACUGCAAUCAGUCAAAGCACCAUUUCCUUACUUUUAGCCUUCAUUCCGUGCAUUUUUUGGCAACGUUAAUUUUAAAAAUUUAACUUUCUUUACUCGUUUACCCG